UGGGAAAAAAAACCAAACCCCAGACCUCCAGCCCCACGCGUGGGAGACCCGCCGCCAUGGCCAGCCCCCCCGCCGGCGCCGUGCUGCUGGCCCUCGCCCUCUGCGCCCUCCUGGAAGAUGGUACGGGCCAUCCUCCGCUCGAGUCCCACCUGGCUGCGGCCGGCGCCGCGCACCCGAGGACCAAGCGCUGCUCCUGCAACAGCUGGCUGGAUAAGGAGUGCAUUUACUUCUGUCACCUGGAUAUCAUCUGGGUCAACACGCCUGGACACACUGCUCCCUAUGGCUUGGGAAGCCCGCCAAGGCGGCGCAAGAGAUCGCUCAGCAGGUGCGAGUGCUCGCACUCGAGGGACAACAUCUGUGCCACCUUCUGCCAGGCGAAGCCUGGGUACCUCCAGAGUCUGAAGCUCCCAGUGAGCUCUGGAGCAUCAAAGAAGUCUCCGCAGAGCGGUGGUGCGAAGCCUUCCCAUCACGGCCUGCUGAGAGCUCUCAGGGUUCUUGCCAUCUCCAGUCUGCGGCUCAGCAAGCAGCAGCACCGUUCUCAGAGGAACGCUCAGCCAGCGGUUUUGCCUUGGAAGAAAAACAUCUGGAAGAAGAAGAGAUAAGAAGCAGGUGCAUACCAAGUUCACCAGAAGAAUCUGGAGCUCUGUGGGUGCCACUAACUCCGCUGUCGGUAGUUAGAGCUGAAGGAAAGGCCGUGAGUGGAAGGGGGAAGAAGUGGAAGUCUCCGUGCUCCUGUUGCGUGAACCAGAACUGCAUGCACUCCAGAGACUGCUGUAAAGGGAAAACUGUCCCUCUCUACAGUCAUAGACGUGUCGUGGAGCUGAACUGUGCCUUUUAGGAUCAGGCGAGGGCCCUGCUGGCAGAGCACUAGCCGAACUCUAGGCGUCCUAGGCAGAGGGCCAGCCUGAGCUGGGCGGUUGAAUCCCUUACAAGCCGGACGGCUCUGCGCGGUUCUGGACCUGGCAGCGCUGAGCCUGUGUCACUGGCAUGGACUGCUCUGCCUUUGAGCCGUGUUUGAGCGUGGCUCCAGCUUGGCCCCAUUCAGAGGUGGUUUGGCGGGGAUAAACCGCCUCCAGCAUGACCUGCCUGAGCACACCUUUGCACUUUUUUUCUCUUACUCGUCAGACAGUGCGAUGUGCGUAUGAAUGAGACUCCCAUGGUAAAACAGCUCCCAAUUACUUAUUAAAAGAAUAUAUAUCGUCUAGAAGCCUGAAA